AUGCUCAUCCUCUUCAGCGUAUCUGUCUUAUUCAUCGUCAUCGCCACCGUCUUAUUCUUUACGCGAUCCUACUGGCUGCACCUCUUGCCGGACGUCAGCGCCCACCUACCUUCGGCCGACUACCUCUACUCGCGACUGCCCUCGACGUUUGCCGGCGACAUCGAGGCCGGCCUGUCCAGCAGCACAUUUGACCUCAGCGGCAACGUGGAGGCGGGCGACAGCCGCGCCGGCCUGGACGAUGCCAGUAAGGCGGAGAUUCUCAAGAUUAUGAAGAAGCGCCGGUUAAACUUUGACAGGGCCAGGAAGGUCUAUAUGGAGAGCAGGUUCAAGGCCAAUGGCAUCGGUCCGGACGGCCGGCCCAGAGACCCAAAGUUUGUCAGCUUCUCCUAG